UGCUUGUGUCAGGAGCUAGAGUGAGAGAGAGAGAGAUAGUGAGAUAGUUUACUGAAGUCUCCCGUUUUCUAUCUCGUUUUCUAAGUGGCAAAUAUAUCGAAAAAUUGAAAUAUACAGCAAAGAAGUUAAGGAAAAUUAAAAUAUCAAUCUACAGUUUAUCAAAAGGCCAGAAAUUCAACAAAAUAUAAAGAAAAACAAGAUUGAUCACGUUACGAGAUUCGCGCCCCGUUGGAAAGACAGAAAAACGUAAACAAACCAUCAAGAACCACCAAGAUCAAGAUUAAACUCCUUCUACACCACCAAGAUCAAGAUUAAACACCCUCUACACCACCAAGCCCUUUAUAAAACCCAGUCCUUCAUAAUCCCAUCAAAAUCACCACUGAAACCCCUUUAUAAAGAAUCCAAUCCUUUAAAAACCCCAAAAUCAGGAUCGGAACCCCUUUGAGGAGAAUCCAACCCUUUAAAAACCUACAUUUUCACCAAUAAGGGAUUCCAAGGCACCAGGAACCAUGGAUCACCUGGAGUAUGAGAAUCUGAACCCCUCCUUUGUCCUCGAUGAACCUAAUAGCACUAAUUCCAAUAUUGACACAUUCUGCCAAACUUAUCUUGGUGACAUGAGCUCACUAGGCGCUUCUUCUCUUCAGUCUUCUCCUUUUCUAUCUCCUUAUCUCCCAGCCUCUCCCUACCACUCCUCGGCCUCCUCCCUCUCCUCCUCCCCCUCCCCCCUCCUCGCCCUGGAUGGAGAGGCGAUUUCCGGGGGCUUACUUGAAGAAAUUGAGUCUUAUGGAAGAAUUGAUAUCACAGAAUGGAGAGGAGAGGACACGCUGGACUGGGCUGGGAGUGUGUGCCGGCGCAGGGGAAUUGACCAAAGCACACUGGAUCUGUGGGCCUUCCGCGGGGUUCCUGGCGAGACCCUGCGAAGAAUGAGCUUGCAGGAUUUCUGUGACCUGGUUGGCGCCGUGUAUGGGCCUCUGUUUCACUCUGAGCUGGAGGACUACUGCAGAAGGAGAGAUGAAGGUCAGCGGUGGAGGCACAAGACAGGCGGCUCCUCCCCUUACAGUGACCACGGGAGCCAGUUUGACCUGACCUCUGACCUUCCUGAGUUAGAUCUGACCUCUGAGGAAAUUCGUGAUUUAGACAAGUACAUAGUAGGAGAUUUUCAAGAGCUUGACCUGGACCAAUCGAUGUCAUAUUACGAUUCCGUGGACAGUUUUCCGGAGUCAGUAGCGCAGUUGUCAACCGGGCCACCCUCCCCACUCCCUGCCUCCUCCUCCUCCUCCUCCUUCUUCUCCUCCUCCUCCUCCUCCUCCUCUUCCUCCUCCUCUUCCUCCUCCUCCAACCUCCUAACUCUUCCUGACCCGCUGAAGAAGAUUAAGCAGGAUCCCAAAAAGAGACCGCGGGGGCCGAAGAACUGGGAAUUUGUGAUACGUCUGUUGGCUGACCCCAGAACUAACCCCUCCUUAAUUCGCUGGGAGCAGAAGGAGGAGGGCACCUUUCGCCUCGUCCAGCCCGGAGCUAUCGCCUCCAUGUGGGGCCAACGCAGCGAUAGGCCUAACCUCUCUUAUGACAACUUCGCGCGAGGCCUACGGUACCACUACACCACGGGCGCCCUCCAGCCAGUGUCGGAGAAGCAACUAGUGUACAGGUGUGGUCCCAAAGCUGUCAAAUACCUAAUUGAACUUAGUAAGGGCGACAUUAAGCAUUGAGAGAGAGAGAGAGAGAGAGAGAGAGAGAGAGAGAGAGAGAGAGAUGAAAAGAUGU